AUGUUUCCUCCGAUUAUUCAGAAUAGUUACAAGUUUAAUAGCGACAGGAAGUGGAGGAUCUUCAAGGAAUUCCUUGUCCUGAUCAGCGAUGGCUUCGAAGCGGAUCUUGAAAGAACUCAAGGAUCUUCAGAAAGAUCCUCCCACCUCUUGCAGUGCAGGCCCAGUGGCAGAAGACAUCCACCUAAGGUAGCCUUCAGGACAAAGGUUUUCCACCCAAACAUCAACAGCAAUGGAAGCAUUUGCCUUGAUAUUUUGAAGGAACAAUGGAGCCCAGCUCUCACCAUUUCCAAGGUUUUGCUGUCGAUAUGCUCGUUGUUGACAGACCCAAACCCGGAUGACCCUUUGGUGCCUGAGAUUGCUCAUAUGUAUAAGACCGAUAGGAGCAAAUAUGAGACCACAGCUCGAAGCUGGACCCAAAAGUAUGCCAUGGGUUAGAUGUGCCUCACUUUAAUUUCUUUCUAUUUUUUUGUUGGAUUUAAAAAAAUUCAAAAUAUGGUAAUUAAGUCGUUAUUGUAAGAUAUAUGGUAACAAAAAUCCCAUUUAUGCUUUUAUUUAUUAUUUAUCGACAAGAUAUUUAUCAUUUGUGCUAGGUAAUGAGUACCAACAUUAUUUACUUAAAUCGGUUUUUUUCGUUUCUAACCAUUUUUGA